AUUAAUUUAUUUGAUACAAAUUAACAAAAUGGAUUUUUUAACUAUAAUUGGAAUAACAAUUAUAAUUUAUUUUUUUAUUUACAUUAUAUUCCCUUGGUUUUUGGAUUGUGAUUUCUGCCUUGCUUUUUAUGAGAAAUUUGGCAAUCCUAUAAGUUCUUUAGAAGGAAAAAUAGUAUGGAUAACAGGAGCAUCAAGUGGAAUUGGAGAAAAUCUUGCAUAUGUACUAGCAAAGGCUGGAUGUAAAUUAAUUUUAUCAUCACGAAGAGAAUCAAAAUUGGAAAAAGUAAAAGCUAAUUGUUUACAAAAAAAUAGAAAUUUGAAAAGUUCAGACAUUGAAGUACUAGUUUUGGAUAUUCUUGACAUAAAUAAACAUGAAUCAGCUUUUAAUAGUAUUAUUACUAAAUUUGGCAGACUGGAUAUACUUGUAAAUAAUGCAGGGCGAUCUCAAAGAGCAAAAUGGGAGAAUAUUGAAUUAUCUGUUGAUAAAGAAAUGUUUGAUUUAAAUGUGUUUUCAACAAUAGCCUUAAGUAGAUUAGUAGCAAAAUAUUUUUUUAAAAUGGAUAAAGGUCAUUUUGUAAUUAAUUCAAGUAUUGCUGGUGUUGUAACAGUACCAUUUUCUGCUACAUAUUGUGCAUCAAAAUAUGCUUUACAUGCAUACUUUGAAUCUUUAUCUAUUGAGAAAACAAGUAAAAAUAUAUCUAUUACCAUAGUAUGUCCAGGACCAGUAGAAACUAACUUUUUAGCAGAAUCAUUUACAGAUAAAUCUGGUGAAAAAUAUAUAGUAAAUGAAGAAAAACCAACACACAGAAUGACUGCUGAACGUUGUGCUACAUUAAUGGGAAUUGCAAUAGCAAAUAAAUUGUCUAAAGUGUGGAUUUGCAAAUCAAUUAUACUUCAAAUGGUGUAUUUACGAAUGUAUUAUCCAAACAUAGGAACAUGGAUAAUUAAUCAAUUGGGAACAAAAUUUUUACAUUAUUUACGUGAUAACAAAAAAACUAUUAAAAACAAUUAAAAUAAAUAUUUUUUAUAUUUGUUAAUAUUUUAUAAUAUUAAUUUAAUAUUUUAUAAUAUUAAUAAAAUUUAUAACAAAAUUAU